GAGUGGAGGUAACGGUGCCAACCUGCAUUUAAGCCUACCGCUAACCUGUAAACUCCCCACUGCCCAACUCCCUGCCACGACGUCAUUACAAAUAACCUUCAACUCUGGGGCAAUUCAGUAGUGAUAAAGUUGAUUUAAUUGUGUUAGGAAGUAAUAGAAUGGUACAAGGAUUACUGUUAAAUUCCGACUCUCCCGGGAGUGUGAAUGGAGGGCCAAAUGAAGCCAUGUUCCGAUCAGCACCUAUGACAUUAGUUCAAUUCUAUGUAACAAUUGAAUUAGCUAGAGAUGUUGUAUGUACUUUAGGUAGACUUGGGAAUGUUCAUUUUCGAGAUUUGAAUUCGAAACUUACUCCAUUUCAACGAACAUUUGUAAGUGAACUUCGAAACAUUGAUUCUCAAGAAUCUCAACUUAAUUUCCUUCAUUCAAUUAUGGUAAAGUAUGAUACAAUUAAGAGUGAUAUAUUUGUUAAUUUAAAGGCUGAUUUAAAUCCUUUACCUAGUAGUUCAGAAAUGGAUGAAAUUCGAUCGAAAAUUCAAACUUUUUAUGAUCGAAUUAAACAUCUUGAUCAUUCAUUUACGAUAUUGGAUCAACAAAAACUUAAAUUGGUAGAGAAUCGAUAUGUGCUAACAGCCUUAUCUCAAUUCCAUAGUUCGAGUCUAUUAGGAUUUGAUGAUAAUUAUGGUAGUAGUGGAAGAGGAGGAGGAGGAGAUAGAGAUGAUGAAUUUAAUGAUGAUAAUGAUGAUGUGGCAUUAUUAAAUAAUCGAAAUAAUAGUUUAGAAAUGGGAAGUGAAACAGUUAAUUUAUCUGAAUCAGGAUUUAAUUCAAUUCUGGGAACCAUUGCUCGAGAUAAAGUACCAUUAUUAAGAAAAAUCUUAUGGAGAACUUUAAGAGGGAAUUUAUAUUUUCAUGAUUCACCAAUUGAUGAACCAUUAUCAAAUUAUAAUGAAAGAGAUGCCGAAUUAAUUGAUAAAAAUGCAUUUAUUAUAUAUAUUCAUGGAGAUUUCUUAAGAACAAGAGUUCGUAAAAUUAUUCAAUCAUUAGAUGGAAUUAUAUAUGAUAAUGUGGGAGGUAAUGAACAACAAAGAGUUGCCUGUAUGGAAGAUCUUAAUUCUAAAAUUGGAGAUUUUGAUAAUGUAGUUGCUAGUACUAAAAAUCAACUUAUUGCUGAAUUAAUGAUCUUUCAAGAAGGUUAUCCUGAUUUUUGUUAUAUAAUUCAACGAGAGAAAUUAAUUUAUCAAACAUUAAAUAAAUUUGAUGAAGAUAGUACUAGAAGAUGUUUAGUUGGUGAAGGUUGGAUUCCUGUAUCUGAUUUAGCCGGAAUUAAACAAACUUUACGACAUUUAGUUCGGAAUAAAUCUCGUAAUAAUGGUUCAGGUUCUGGUUCAGAAUCUCAAGAAUCUAUUUUAAUUACUGAUGAUCAAAAUCAAAAUCAAAAUCAAUCUAGUUCUGGUGGAGGUCUAACAGAUGAUCCCUUAUUUGCUAUUGAUGAUACUGAUCAUGAAAUAUCUAGUUUUGAAGAUGAUGAUGAAUAUGGUACAUUAAUAGCUGUAGUUAAUGAAUUAGCUACUAAUAGAACUCCUCCUACAUUUCAUAGAACUAAUAAGUUUACUGCAGCUUUCCAACUGAUUAUAGAUGCUUAUGGAAUAUCAACUUAUCAAGAAGUUAAUCCUGGUUUGGCUACAGUUGUAACUUUCCCAUUUAUGUUUGCUAUAAUGUUUGGAGAUUUAGGUCAUGGAUUUAUUGUUCUAUUAGGAGCAUUAUUUCUUAUUAGAAAUGAAGUCAAAUUCUCCUCCAUGAGAAAUAAAGAUGAAAUAUUUGAAAUGGCAUUUAAUGGAAGAUAUAUUAUCCUCUUGAUGGGGAUAUUUUCCAUGUAUACUGGAUUAAUUUAUAAUGAUAUCUUUUCCAAAUCCAUGACUCUUUUCAAAUCUGGUUGGGAUUGGAAAUUUCCUGAAGGAUAUGAUUUUAAUACUGAUGGACCUAUUAGUAUUACUGCCACUAAGAAAUCGGGAACUUAUCCAAUUGGAUUGGAUUGGGCAUGGCAUGGAGCUGAGAAUAGUUUAUUAUUUACCAAUUCUUAUAAAAUGAAACUUUCAAUUCUUAUGGGAUUUGUUCAUAUGAAUUAUUCAUUAUUUUUCAGUUUAGUUAAUUAUCGAUAUUUUAAAUCUCGAGUGGAUAUUAUUGGUAAUUUUAUUCCGGGAUUCUUAUUUAUGCAAAGUAUUUUUGGAUAUCUUUGUUUAACCAUUGUAUAUAAAUGGUCAGUAGAUUGGUUGGGUAAUAAUAGACAACCACCUGGUUUACUUAAUAUGUUAAUUAAUAUGUUUCUUUCUCCAGGAAAGAUUGAUGUUCAACUUUUCCCUGGUCAAAAAUAUAUUCAAAUUUUUCUUGUAUUAAUUGCUGCUAUUUGUGUACCUUGGUUAUUGGUAUAUAAACCUUAUACAUUAAAGAGAGAAAACGAAAAGGCUAUUCAAUUAGGUUAUAGAGAUCUUAAUUCCCUUGUUAAUCAUUCACUUCAAGUUCUUGAAGAAGAAACAGCAUUUGAUUUAGAUGCUGAAUUAAAUAAUGAUCCACCAGAUGAAGUAGAUGGACUUAAUGAUGAUUUUAAUUUCCCCAAUGAUAUUGAACCACUUCAUCAUAAUUCUACAUCUCAUGGUGAUGAUCAUGAUAGUUUUAAUUUUGGUGAUAUUGUAAUUCAUCAAGUUAUUCAUACUAUUGAAUUUUGUUUAAAUUGUGUAAGUCAUACGGCAUCAUAUUUGAGAUUAUGGGCAUUAUCUUUAGCUCAUGCUCAAUUAUCUUCAGUACUUUGGACUAUGACUAUUAGUAAUGCCUUUGGAGUUACGGGGAAAUUUGGAAUCUUUAUGACAGUAGUAUUAUUUGCCAUGUGGUUCUCGUUAACUGUAUGUAUUCUUGUCCUUAUGGAAGGUACUUCAGCAAUGUUACAUUCCUUAAGAUUACAUUGGGUUGAAGCCAUGUCCAAAUUCUUUGAAGGAGAAGGGUAUGCCUAUGAGCCCUUUGCAUUUAAGGAAAUAGAUUUGUAAUAGUAAUAGUGCUUUAGUAGUUGUGUAACUAAAAUAGAUGUAUCAUACCAAAUUAG